AUGGCAAACACCAUGGAUACAGACGCCGGCUCAGAGAUGUUCGCCAGCUACGAAAACGAGCUGAAGCUGGUGCAAGCCGACCUGAACCAGAAGCUGGACCAGAUCGCCGAGGCAAGCGGCGAGCAACGGAAAUCCGCAAUCGCCAAUGCAGAGCAAGUCCUCGACGAAGCGACAGAACUGCUCGACCAACUACGCAUGGAGAAGCAGAACAUCCCCUCAUCAGCCCGGUCAAAAGUAAACGUCCGUUUCCGCAACUACUCAACAGACAUCGACGAAGUUAAGCGCAAGCUCAAGUCCCUCUCGGAUGAUCGACAGGCCCUCUUCGGAGAUAGGUACACCGACGAGCCGCAGGAUGAGCACCUCGAACAAAGACAGCAGUUGCUCUCCGGGACGGACAGGCUAGAACGCAGCUCUGCCCGCUUGCAGCAGAGUCAGCGCAUGGCGCUUGAUACAGAGGAUGUUGCGCGCGGCACGCUCGGCACGCUGUACGAGCAGCGCGAGCAGAUCACUAAUGCGCGCAACAAUCUGCAGCAGAGUGAGGGUUAUGUUGAUACUAGUAUCAAGACUUUGAGGGGCAUGGCCCGUAGGAUGGCUACGAAUCGGAUGAUUACUAUUGCUAUCAUUACUGUCUUGGUGCUGUUGAUUUUCGCCGUUAUUUACAGCAAAUUCCAUUAG